AUGGUGGCAUUGAGAAGAAUCUACAGGAAAAUUGAAGACGAGGACCGGGACGCUGCACGCUUCCUUGAAGUUCUGUGGCGUACCGCUCAAAAUGUGAGACGUGAAGAAAUUGGACCACACCAAGAAGCUUAUAUAGUCCUGGAAAACUUCUAUGGGCUAUCACACGCGUCGCAAAAGUACCUUAUCAGAAGAUUCCCAAUACUGGAAAUCCUGGACUCAUACCGAAGACCACCUUUUGUUCAUACAACUCCCCCUGAGUUCUACUGA